AUGUAUGAUAAUUGCCAGAAGUGGAUCGCCGCUUUUCCAAAAUUUUGUAACCACAAAACGACAAAAGAUACUGCCCAGAUGGUUUGUUUCAAGUCAUGUGGGAAAUGUGCUGGUAAGCUCUAUUAUUUAUAGUUUACGGCUGUCUAAGGGCACAGAUUUAGCGCAGAAGAAUAAUUAUGGCCCGUUAUUUAAUAUGGUAUAUUUAAAAAAACAAAAAAAAACAAAACAACAAACACAUAAACUAUUAACAUUUAACAAAAACAAAACAAAUGAAAACUAUCCAUUUAAAAAAUUGUUUCUAUGAUCUCUUUAUUUUCAUAAGUCAGUGCAACUUGCACAGAUCCGAAUACAUCGAAUGUCAAGAGAACUUCUUCCUCUAAUAAGAUCAACCCAGGAGAAGACAUGACAUUUGAAUGUAGUACUGGCUUCUACUAUGUGUCGGGAGACAAGGUCAGAGCUUGCUCCACCACUGGCAACCUAUUGGGGUCAAAUCUUGUGUGUCAAGGUAGGAGAAACUAAUCCUUACCAAAUCUUUAAUUUAUUAACAGACAUGUGUAUUGAUUUUAUAGAGUCUAUUAUUGUUUUUUUCCCUGUUGUAAAUAAUAUAUAAUUUUUGUUCCUUUCAAGUCAACGAAAUACUAUACAGGACUGUCGUGACAUUGUUCUAUAGUUUAAAACAAUUUUUUUUACUAAUUCCUUAAAAAAUGGUAUACUGUUCAACCAAAUUUGUUAUUGGCCUAAGGAGUAAUGUUGCACCAAGAUAUAUACAUGCUGCCAUCGGUAUUAAUGCUGCCCCAGUCAGAUAAAUGCUUUAAUAAUAAGCUACAAAUUUACAUUUGGUUAAAAUUAAUUCAAUUGUUUUUUUCUGUGCAAUUCAGCAAGUCCGUCCCUUCCGGUAGAUUUGAACUUGAAUGAAGUCAGAAAGAGGGUUGAAACUCUCCCCAGCAAAGUGGCUUAUAUAAUGGAUAUACCCGAAUACAGGUUCGGAUGUUUUUAGCUUUGACAAUGAAAAGUCCCUUCAAUCGAUUUCUUUUAUUAUAUUUAGCUUGAACUUUAAACAUUAAAUAUAUAUAUAGACAUAACAUUAUUGAUUUAAGUCUAAGAAUUUUCAAACAAUUUAGUAAAGUCUUUAAGCUCUACGCAUUGCUUCAUUCUCGAUAUGUAUUCACAAAAUCGAACCAAUUUUUUUUUAUCAAUAUGGCUAAAUUCAUCAAAGGAAAGAAAAUAAUUUUAAAAAGAAUGUAAAAAAAAAAAAAAAAAUAUGUUUUAUACAAUUUAUUGCGGCUUUGUUUCUACAUAAUUUAAGGCAAUAUUUUGUUUCUUAAAAUCGCUUUCUGGGGCCUCUCUGGCUUCCGGUUUAGCCAAGGUUUUUCUGGGGCGUCCUGUUUGAAUUAUCCUUUUCUUUUUUAUUUUAAAGAUGUUCUUUCAUUUCCAUAUCAGAAUACCAUUUAAUGGCAAGAUAACAAAGUGGUACUACUAU